AUGUCGUCUUCAGUACCCUAUGAUCCAUAUAUCCCUGCGGAAGAGUCGCAGUCGCAGACCAAAACGGCUGCUUUGAAAGCUGAAAUCGAUGAUACGGUCGGUAUCAUGCGAGACAACAUCAACAAGGUGGCAGAGCGUGGUGAAAGACUCACAUCGAUCGAAGACAAGGCCGAUAACUUGGCAGUCUCUGCACAGGGUUUCAAAAGAGGCGCAAAUAGAGUUCGUAAACAAAUGUGGUGGAAAGAUUUGAAGAUGAGACUGUGUUUGGUGUUUGCAGUUAUUAUCUUACUCGUGGUGAUCAUUGUGCCCAUUGCAGUGCAUUUUAGUUGA